AUGUUUCAAGACAAUAAAGCUGCUCGAGCAACUCACCUUAAAGAAGAACUUGCUGAUCUCAAUUUCGGUAAUUUUUCAUCCAUUGAUAGCUACUGUAAUCACAUCAAAUCCUUCGGCGAUCGCCUUGCUGAUGUUGAUGCUCCUCUCUCCAAUAGCAGACUGGUUCUCAAACUCACUGCCGCGCUCCCGGAAGCUUACGCCGAAAUGGUGGACAUCAUUCAAAAUCAGGAGCCUUUACCCUCUUUUGAAAGUUGUCGUUCCAGACUUAAACUCGCCGAAAGAACAAUCAAAAACCGUCUGGCGAAGGAAGCAAAUUCGGGUGCUCCGACGGCUCUUGUUGCUUCUUCCGGUAACACUACCUCUGAUUUGAGCUCUGCUUCUUCAUCUCGUCCUCCUUUACGCAGUAACAAACAGAAGAAGGGCAAUAAAGCUUUUGGAAGGAAGCCAACUAAUGGACACACGGCCCACCCACAAAGCCAAGCCCCUUUUAAUUGGCAACACUCUCCGUGGGCCAGUUGGGCUUCAUGGCUUUCUCAAUGGUCCACCCCUCCUCCUUGCCCAUAUCCUUCAGCCUCCUAG